AGUGGCUCCUUUUCCCUGCCACCGCAGACUGAAAAACAAUAGCAAAGUCUGGGAGCGUGCACAGAACCAAACUGACCUCAUGCCACGUUGUCAAACAUUCACCUGGAGCCUCUGAGGGGGAAAAAAUACGACUGGUGCUUGUUGUGAUUUGUUGGGACAUGCGUCCGCUGUGGUGCGCUGGACGUCAGGUCGUCCCUGCAAACCUGCUGCAGAGAGAAGACGUUGACGGGCGCUCUGUGAGGGUUAAAUUCUCACUGACACUUGACUUCCAUGUGCAGACCUCUCACUUUAACCCUCCUCAUUUUUUUCCCUCCUCAAGGAAAUGUUAUAAAUAGCGCUGUGUGCUCGGCUCAUCGGCAAUCCUCCUCUCACCUUUUGCUCACUCCUCCUCUCUGUUUUCCUCACAGCAAAACCACGCUCUGUUGUAGCUUCUCCUAACUGCUCCCGUCGAGGUUUGUCUUUUGUGAAAGUUGCUCUGACGGAGGCCAUCAGAAUGCGCUCUGCGUCCUGCGUGCUCUUGUUGGGAAGCUGCAUCCUCCUGGGGCUCCUGGGAGUCCAGAGCCAAUGCCCGAGCCCGUGCCAUUGCCACGGAGACCUGCAGCACAUCAUCUGUGACGGCGUGGGGCUCAAGAAGAUCCCCCAGGUCUCUGAGGCCACCCGUCUGCUGAACCUGCAGAGGAACAACCUGGGCACCGUCCCCUCAGGGGCCUUCGGCGAAAGCAAGGGUCUCGUUUCUCUGCACAUGCAACAUUGCCAGAUAAGAGAGAUUGAAUCCCAGGCCUUCAAGGGACUGAAAAAGCUCGUCUACCUCUACUUGUCCAACAACAAGAUCAGCAGCAUCAAGUCGGGUGCCUUCGAGGAUCUGACUAUGCUCACCUACCUGUACAUGGAGGGGAACCAGAUGAGCGAGCUGUCCAAGGGGCUCUUCUCCCCCAUGAUCAACCUCUUCGUUCUGCAGCUCAACAACAACAGGCUGCGGGAACUCCAGCCAGGGACCUUCGCGGGUGCCAAGGACCUGCGCUGGCUGCACAUGAGCGGGAAUGAGCUGACGACGCUGCACCCGGGGUCUCUGGACGAAGUGGAGAACCUCGCUAUCCUUCACCUGGACAGGAACAGGCUGUCCGCCUAUCCCAGCGCCGCCAUGGGCAAACUGCGAGUGGUGGAGGAGCUCACGCUGGGAAAGAACCCCAUGAAGACGAUCCCAGACAACGCCUUCCAGAGUUUUGGUCGCUACAUGGAGAAACUACACCUGGACGAUAUGGGCUUGGAGAAGCUAUCUGCUGGUGCAUUUAAUGGCGUGACAGCACUUAAGUUCCUUUAUCUGGACAACAACAACAUCAAGUCUUUGCCCACCACUAUGCAGCUAAGCGUCGACACCAACAUGACUCUCUUCAACAACCCCUGGACCUGCUCAUGCCAACUAGCGCCACUACGCAAGUGGAUGGACUCCCGCCAAAAUGAAACAGAUGCAAUUUGUGAGUCACCUCCUCCACAGAAAGGCAUACAAAUCAGAAAAAGCACCGUCUUCAAGCGCUGUAAGAGCGAAAAGAACAGUAAGAGCAAGAAGACAAAGAAAUCUCGGACUGGUAGACGUCAGUAAAAAGUCAGCUGAUCAGGAAACUCAGAGAAGGAGCCUGUCCAGGUGACCGGCUCCAGUGAAAGCAACACUUACUGACUCUGCUUUGAGACUGUUGUAAAGGAAAAGCUUUACGCUCUACGAUACACAAAACCCAUAUGCUUUUCUUUAUAUCAUUUAUAUCAAAGACUGAAUAAUAAAGUGGAAGCAGCAAACGAAGCAGCAGGAGGCAACCA